GCUGAAGUUGACCGUACUCCUUUCCCGUAUCUAUGCAGGGGUUCGUCGGCUUGGCAGUUGUCGGUCAGCUCAGACAGGACAAACUUCGCAUCUGCGCCAAUCGUUAUGGGUAUCCAGGCCCUAGGCCUAGGAAAUAAGCGUCUCCACGCCCUAAAUUACAGUAUUUCAUCGGCUGAGGAGUAAUAGAGUGCCCGUAAUAGUCAGCGAACGCUCCACAAACAUGGAGACGGAAUCUCCGAUGCAGGAAACCGUCUACGGAACGACGAACGAAGAGACGCACGAUGUGAUGUCCGAAAAAGUGCAGACGUUGGCUGGUAAUAUAUACCAGGAGUUCCAGCGCAUGAUCGAGAAGUAUGACGAGGAUGUGGUCAAAGAUCUUAUGCCACUCGUGGUGAACGUUCUCGAGAGCUUGGACUUGGCUUGCAUGGAGAACCAAGAGCAUGAAGUGGAACUUGAGCUGCUCCGAGAGGAUAACGAACAGUUGGUGACACAGUACGAGCGCGAGAAACAGCUGAGAAAAGCCGCCGAACAGAAACUCCUGGAAGUGGAAUACACUGUAGAUGACGAUCGUCGGGACCUUGAAGGGAAGGUUGAGGGGCUGGAGUCUGCUGUUCGCAUACUGGAGCUCAAGUCAAAAAAUUCUUCAGAUCAUGCUUCAAGAUUAGAAGAGAAAGAGUCUGAAAUGAAAAAGGAGUAUGCUAAACUACAUGAAAGGUAUACUGAAUUAUUCAAGACACACAUGGAUUAUAUUGAGAGAACAAAAAUAUUGUUUGGCUCUGACAGAAUGGAGAUGGCAGGUGUAAAAGGAAGCAAGACUGGGAUGCACUUUGCCCUCAGCAAAUCUCCUGGUGGCCCCGCUUCCUUGGGUCUUUCAGGUGAAACCACUCCAGCUAAGACAAUCCCAACGUCCCCUGACUACCCAGACCUCAUCUCGCCUACAAAAAGCAACGAUUCCAAUGCCAGCCUCAAAAGCGAAAUACAGGAGGUACGUGUUGGUACCGUUCCUCCUGCUCCACAGACAGCAGCUGCCGAAAACGUGCCUCCUAAGGUUGGCCAGGUGCAAAAAAGUGGUUGGGUGGAUGGGUUCAGCACAGACAUGUCAAUGUCGGAAACAACAUCACUCACUCCUGAAGUGGAAGACAUCGAAGACAUUACGCAUGACGAUGAAGUCGGCGUCGACAAAACGACAGUGCGCAGAGAGCAGCGCAGGCCAAAUACGCUUUACCAAGAGCUCAGCUUUCAUGAUGAAAACAUGGCUGAGGGCGAAGAAGGCUCAGAUGUUACAGGAAACUAUGUUCAUCCGGGAGAGUAUGCAUCAUCAGACAGUGACGCAGAAAGUGAGCCAGAUAAUCAUGGUGGCAAAAAUGUUACUGACAACAUAUUCGGCAUGGGAAAGGAGGUUGAAAACAUCAUCAUGGAGAACAUUGAGCUCCUUGCCACAAAGAAUGCGCUAAACAUUGUUAAAGACGACCUAAUCGCCAGGGUUGACCUUCUCACCAGUGAAAAAGAGAUCCUUCAGAGUGAAGUGAAAGCACUGGAGCAUGCACGCGAUUCUCAGAAGCAGAAGAUUCAUGAACUGGAAGACGAACUCAGAAAGAUCAGAGAGGAACUUGAAAAAAUGAAGGCUGCCAAGUCUGAUGAUGAGCAGGAGGAUGUUCCUAUGGCUCAGCGCAAGCGUUUCACCCGAGUGGAGAUGGCUCGUGUGCUCAUGGAGAGGAACCAGUACAAGGAGCGCUACAUGGAGCUGCAGGAGGCCAUUCGAUGGACAGGCAUGAUCAAGGCUUCACGCACAGACCCCACUGCAGACCCAAAGAAGAACCGAUCCUCCAUUUGGAAGAUCUUUAGCAACCUGUUCAGUGCUACUGACAAGCCACAGCAGAAGCCAGUGUCAACCGUGAAUGUCCGCUACAAUGCUCCUUCAACGAGGCUAAGCCCCGCACUAGAGUCGAUGCGGAAGAAGAGGCUAGGGGAAAAGCACCGAGGCUUUGACUUCUUGGACAGCGACCUGGCAUCAGAAAGGUUGCAAGCGCAGCGUGCUCGUGAACGGAGGGAGCAGUACAAGCAAGUGCGGGCACAUGUGCGUAAGGAGGACGGUCGAGUUCAGGCCUAUGGCUGGAGCCUGCCGACCAAGACGACGCCUGUGAAACUGGACCUGCCCCAGCCUCCACUGAGUGCAUCAACACAUCGAACUGGAGGCGCACCAUCCCACGUGCCAGUGCCAGUGCCCGUAUUUUGCCGUCCGCUCCAGGAGACCAACUCCCCCAUGAAGGUCUGGUGUGCAGCUGGUGUAAACCUGACGGGUGGGCGGACACGUGAUGGGGGCACCAUUGUUGGGGCCAGCAUUUUCUACAAGGAGCAGAAAGCAGAUGCACCAUCACCAGCUGAUGACAUCGACAGGCUAGAACUUGAACUCAGGCAGCAGGAGCAGGAACGGAGAGAGCAAGAAGAGAUGGCUCAGCGGCUUUCCUCGCUUGUCUGGAUUUGUGCAUCUACUCGGGAGAACAGCGAGGUGUAUGUCGUCGAUGCUAACAACCCAGCAGACAUCCUGGACACAUUUCAUGUUUGCCCCUCCCACCUGCUCUGCAUAGCUUCGGUUCCAGGUGCAAAAGAGACAGACUACCCUGUAGACGAAGAAUUUAACAAGCUGGGCUUGGAUGAAAUGAUUGACGCAAGCCAGCAAGAGCCUUCACCCAGCUCAAAGACACCCGAGCUCCAAAGUGGGGCUAAGGACCAGGAUGGGAAUCCUAAAGUUGGAAAGCUUGUCUUUGUCAAAAGUGCUCCUGCUCCCGUUAGCAGGCCGUCGUCACCACCUAAAGAAAAAGGGGAAGGAGGUGCUGGAGCAGUUGCAGAGGCAGUUGACGCACUGGAAGAAAUGGAAAGGGUCAAAGCUGCUGGUGCUGGCCAGGAGCUGGCUGCCUUAGGGGGAAGCAGCCAUGGUGGAAAAGAACGAAUGGGUGGGCCCCGGCGACCCUGGGUGCUGUUGAAGGAGGGUGCCCCGCCUGACAUUGUCAAGGAUGGCAUCUCCGAACUGCCCACUGACAACCACCUAGCAUAUGAUCAGCUGGAGAAAAUGUCCAGCGUUCUGCCCACAAUGUGGCUGGGGUCACAAAAUGGAAUAAUCUACGUGCAUUCAUCCGUGGCACAGUGGAGGGUAUGCAUAGACUCUGUUAAACUUGCUGACUCGGUGCUAAGCAUUGUCCAUGUCAAGGGUCGUGUGUUUGCAGCCUUGGCUGACGGCACUGUUGCAAUAUUCCAUAGAAAGCAAGAUGGCCAGUGGGACCUGAGGAACUACCACCUACUUGACCUUGGGAAGCCACACCACUCGAUUCGGUGUACGACAGUUGCCCAUACAAAGGUUUGGUGCGGCUAUAGGAAUCGGAUACAUGUGGUACACCCCAAGACACUCACUGUGGAGCAUUCCUUUGAUGCUCACCCAAGGAAGGAAAGCCAAAUUAGACAAAUGGCCUGGGUUGGAGAUGGAGUUUGGGUGACAAUACGACUGGACAGCACCCUGCGGCUAUACAAUGUUCACACAUACCAGCACCUGCAGGACAUUGACAUUGAGCCCUAUGUUUCCAAGAUGCUGGGCACGGGCAAGCUUGGAUUCUCGUUUGUGCGCAUCACGGCUUUGCUGAUUUCCUGCAACCGACUCUGGAUGGGCACCGGCAAUGGCGUCAUCAUCUCUGUUCCACUUUCGGAAGCAGGGAACAAGCAGACAUCUGCCUCAACCACGCCGUCUGCAAGUGGAGUGCGGAUGCCUGGUGCUGUCGUUCGGGUAUACAGUGACAGUCGAGAAAACAUCACAACGGGAAGCUUUGUGCCCUACUGCUCUAUGGCGCAAGCACAGCUGUCAUUUCAUGGACACCGGGACUCGGUCAAGUUUUUUGUGGCUGUUCCUGGUACUGGCGGUAUGACUUCCUCAGACAAAGAAGGAGCCUCAGAAGAAAAGACUGGAGACAUAGCACUGGGCUCUGAAGAUGCAUCUCCCAAGUGCAUGCUUGUCUUGUCUGGCGGCGAAGGCUACAUUGACUUCAGAGUUGGAGACGGUGAAGACGAAGAUUCAAGUGGCGACCGUAUUUCGGCAGCUAUUGGAACACCUGUUGAGAAGAAACUGCACCAAGGCAUAGCCAAGAGUGAACGAAGUCACCUCAUCGUCUGGGAGGUGGCGCUGAAUGAGUGAUUGUUGAAGUUAGUAACGCUACUGGACUGCUUGCCAUUUCAGGCCACCGAGGGGCAUCGUAAUGUCCCAUUGAUUUUGUUUUCCACAUGAAGUUGGAACUUGUUUACCGAAUUGAUUCCCCGUGACUGACUGGCUCUGCCUGAAAUUGUGAGUGCUGAGGGCACUGUUACUUCCGGGCUCUUUGCCAGUCCUUGUUUUUGAAAGGGUGAUAUUCAUAGAAUAUGUGUAAAGUAUCUUUUAAAGGGACAUCAGAAUUGUAUUUUUUUUUUCAGUGCCCUUCCUUGUUUUUAGCCCUCGUGACGAUGGCAAUAUCUCCUGACGCAUUUAGUUUGUUGGCCAUGAUUUCGUGCAAGUUUGAACUGCACUGUCUUUGGAAAACGGACUGUACAGUUAUGAAAUUUUUAGCUCUUUUUGUGCUGUUGUUCGAGGCGUGAAGUUUCUGAUGGCUGCUCAGGUAAGCAGGUAGGAUGGUGUGAAUACAAUGGCACUUGAGUACGUGCCGCUUUCUUCAAGUGAUACAUAAGUGCAUUUAAGCACUUUGCAGUGGGCGAGCGAAUGACUUGCGAGCUUUCUGAUGCAUUGUACAUCUGUUGCAGUGCUAUGGCAAAAAAAAAAAAAAAAAAAAGCUGAGCUAAGUAUAAAUGGUUCUGCCUGUUGUGCCACAUUGGCUUAUACAUACUAUAAAUACAUAGCUGUCGCAUACCUCAUUCAGAGAUAUACAAACAUAAUAUAUAUGUAUAUGCUUACAGUUUAUGCAUUCACAGAUGUUUUAUGUAGACCACCCUGCUUUUGAUGUGUCGUCUUCUCUUUUGUAAACUUAAGUUUCGUGGCUGCAUGUAAAGCACUCUAUAUUUAUACCUGCAGCAUCUGUGCACACGAUGCACGUGUACAAUAGCUACCGAUGGCUUGUUCCUGUGACUGAGAUGGCCUCUGCUGUGAGCCAGUGUUACAAGGGCUACUCAGAUUUGCAUUAUGAGCCUUAUGUAUAAUUUGAAGCAAGCCGCCUCUUGUAAAUUUCUCCAGAUAAGCUUACUCCAUGCUUAACUAAGGAACAGCUUGCACGUCGGAACCGUUUACUUUUUAUCCUGUAUGUGGCAUUACUACAUUUUUUGCUCAUUCUUACAAUGUUGCUAGCAUUUCUACAAAAUGUAGUGCAAGCACGUUGAAUUACUAGCGACAUAGCAUGAAAGGUGAAAAUGAUGUUAUCUGAUUCUUUUUACAGACAUUUGGCCAGGAUGCAUUUUUUGUCAAAAGUGCUAAUAGAAAUUUAGUUUCCUCUGUGCAGUUGCUACUGUGUUGGUGACGUGUCGUGCUAAUACCUUGCUUUGCACUACCAAGUGGCGUCAUCUUGUAAGUGGUUCCUGUUGGGGCACAAAUAGCCACAACACAGUAUAGAAUGUGGAUUGUGUGUAAGGCACAAUCAAAUUCUAAUGUUUCUUUGCUCAUGUUUUAUAAUUGAGUGGAUGAACAAUGCUACCAGUUUAUAAAAGAGGGAAGCACAUGAGGGUGUAGAAUCACAGGCAUUCUGAAUUUAAAUUUUUUAUGCCUGAAUAAAGUAUAUGAAGCCAAGCCA